AUGCCACGAGCCCGUAUAGAAGGUCUUUUAGCAUCUUUUCCCAAACUAACAAGUGCCGGGCAGCAACACACAACGAUCGAGACAGAACACGUUCGCUAUGUCUAUCAGCCACUUGACGAACUUUAUGUUGUGCUCAUCACGAACCGUCAGUCCAAUAUUCUCCAAGAUAUAGACACACUGCAUUUGUUUGCGCGUGUGGUAUCUGAUAUAUGUCGUUCUACUGAUGAACGAGAGAUCCUCAGACAUAGUUUUGAAUUACUGAGUACUUUUGAUGAAAUUGUGUCGUUGGGGUAUAGAGAGAAUGUUAAUCUGGCUCAGGUAAAGAGUAUCAUCGAAAUGGAAAGCCAUGAAGAGAAACUUCAAGAGAUAAUAGCUCGGAACAAAGAACAAGAAGCAAAGGAGGAGCUCAAGAGACGGGCCAAACAACUGGAGAUGCAAAAGAAGGAAAUGCUUAAGCGUGGAGGUGGAAUAACGGGCUCUCCCUUUGGUAGUAGCUUUGGGAUAUCUGUGUCUAGGCCUAUGACUUAUACUGAACCUCACGUUCAGACUAAUCUUGAUGACAGUAUUCGUUCUUCAUAUAGCAACUCGUCAACCCCAGUCUCGAAAGCAAAAGGCAUGCAACUUGGUCGUAAACAGAAGGGUGCUGACUUGUUUGAAGCUGUCAAAAGUGAAGUUGGCAUCGAUGAAUUAUCCGAAAAAUCAGUCGGUCACGCCGCUAUCUCUAGAGUUUCUGUUGAACCUGUUCACAUAGCCAUUCUGGAAAAGAUUAGCCUGCAAGCGAAGAGAGAUGGUGGGAUAGAGAACUUGGAAGUUAAAGGAGAGAUGAAAUUAACUAUUUCUGAAGCAUCUUUAACACGCAUCAAGCUGAGUGUUCGUGCUAACGAUGACAAUAAUUUGCAAUUCAAGACGCAUCCCAACGUAGACAGAAAUCUUUUUGCCACUGAUAGUGUUAUUACUGUAAAGAAUGCGGCAAAGGGAUUCCCCGUGAAUCAAUCGUUGGGAGUUCUUCGAUGGCAAUAUAUCACGAAAGAUGAAAGUGCAGUGCCUCUUUCAAUAAACUGCUGGCCAUCUCCGGCAGACGACGGCACCAUGGCUGUAAAUAUUGAAUAUGAACUCGAGAGUACGGACCAAGAGUUUAAAGACGUUGUGAUUUCUAUUCCAUUGCCACCCGGUGCUAGUCCAACUGUUGGAGAUAUUGAUGGGCAUUACGAGUUCAACCGACAAACUAAAACUCUUGAUUGGCUGUUGCCUAUAAUCGAUGCUUCCAGCAAGCAAGGAUCAUUAGAGUUUGAAAUUGCCGGCGAUGAUGUAGAUGUAUUCUUCCCAGUUUCGGUUGCUUUUGUCAGCGAGAAGUUAUAUUGUAACGUUGAAGUUCUUGAUGUUACUCAACUUGAAAAUGGUGCUCCGGUAUCUUUUUCAAAGGAAAAGAUUUUAACUGCUGAACAGUACAGUAUCGUAUAA